GAGGACAUCAUCUCCAUCUGGAACAAGACAGCCAGUGACCAGGCCACCAUUACCCGGAUCAGAGACACUCUACGUAGGGUCCUCAACCUACCACCCAACACCAUUAUGGAGUACAAGACACACACCGACAGCAUCAAGGCCUGGGAGGACUUCCAUGGUCUGGUGAACGCUGUUGGUGGUCGCUAGCCUCUAAAGCUGUGAGUUUCUGCAAAAGGAUUUGUGUGUAGUGUCUUUUGGAUGAAAUCCGGAGGAGUAAUACCUUUAAGGAUCAGUACUGUUUUACAUGGCGACAGCGAGGGAGAGAUAGGGAGAUAAAGAGAGGGGGGACAGUGGCCUUCCUUUCUAUGGCUCAUGGAAUCUACUGUACGGAACACGGAACCAAGCUGUCGGUUGGUUGGAGCUUUUUUAUCUGCCUGUCAGUCAGAGAUGAAUGAAACCUCAGUGGAUGUAUUUUUUUCAAGUGACACUGUCCCUGAUCUGCCAACAGAGGGAGACUGUGCGACAAGCAUUUGGUGAUUUGGCCAAUGACUGUUGACGGAAUCUUCUUCUAACAGAAUAUUAAACCAAACCCUUCCCAUAAAUAGGUAUAGGCAGUAUAUUCAUCAUUGUGUAGCACAAUCACAGUUCCCUCUGGUAGAGUUUUAAAUGUACAGCAGAGAAAAUGUAUCUGUUUUCUUUUAAACUCUGAAACUAAAACAGGGUUGCAGGUGGAAGUUAUUUUAUCAUAGUGCAGUAUUUUAACUACAAUGCCUCUAGUCAUUUAAACUAGAAAUAUUAUGGCGUACAAAAAUAUAUUUCUAGAAAAAGCUAUGUCCUUUUGAGAAAAUCUAUUUACUUAACGAGAAUCGAGAACUUGAUUCUUUACCUUUGACCAGAAAGUUUUCAACCCAAAGGAUGGGGACCAUCCUAAAGGGGGACCGUGGGUAACGUGAACCGGCCUCUUUAGAAUGGACUGCCUAGCUGCCUAUAUCACUGUGCCUGGCCUCGAGACGGACCCAACCCAGAUGAAACAUUCUAAAUGCCUUUCAAGAUCCCACAGUGAAGAUGGACAUAACGAUACAACUCUAACAACAAUGUAACAAUGUUAUCUGUGACAACAUAAUCUCUCCAGUGUGGAAUGGUGGUAGCCUGGGUGUCAGUCUGUUUCUGCUCUCUUGCCAACUCCUCAUGCAAAACAGUUUGGCUUGACAAUGAUCAUGGAGUUAGUCAAAAUCACCAACAGAUCUGGGACCAGGCUAGAAUGGUGGCCCUGUUGUGAUAUUUUCCCCGGGGUAGAAGGAGUCCCUGAACACUGACCUGGAAUCAGCUCAUCUGACCCCCCCUCACCAUUUAGUGCUACAAAACAGAAACUGGUCCCAGGCCAGAGCUUGGGGCUCCUUCUAUCGUAUCCCCCCUGAUGAAAUACUGCCCAGGAUUGGGUGGGUGGUGCUGGAAAAAGGGUGUCUUGUCAAAACGAGGAAAGUACUGUCUGAUGGAUAUACACACCUGAUGGAUUAUAGCAAUAAAUGUUGAUUAUGCAUCUGCUGCUAA